AUGUGUCAGAAUGUAUCAUUCUCAUCGGUACAGUUCAACCAGAUUGUAAGCGAGCAAGCUGUCAAUACUGUUCGACUGCUUGAAUACUACUACAAGCUCUACAUUCGCCUCGAAAUACUUGCUUUAAGUCUGCCAUCUAUUCUUCAACACGUAGAGAACUUGGACGAAACAUUGCUUGAUUUGAUCAGUCAAAAUGAAGAUGUUGCUAAAGCCUACAUACCACACCUGUCCGAAGAACUACUAGACCAAUUCUUUGAGAAAGACGGCAGACAACUGACAAGCUGGACAGCCUUGAUGACACCCCACACUGCGCAACGACUGCACUUGAUACUGGAAUACUAUGCUGAUUGCAUGCCGUUUAAUCAGCUCAAAGCCAUUUUGAUCCGCCUAAUGAGCUUCCACAAGGUUCGCCCUAAAAAUGAUGAUGAGAACCCCAAUAUAUGCUUUUAUCGACAAUUGAGACAUGUCAAGCAAUCUUUGUUCAGCUCGACAAUACAGAGACAAACUAAAGCGUACGACUCCUUUCUUGCCAAGAAGUCCAUCUACCUGCUGAUAUCGCAGUGGUUUUUUGAAUUCAAUGUGGCAUCUGAGAACAGCUUAACACAGUUUAUAGCUCAUAUUGCAUCCACGGGUUCCAGUCUUGAGAGGGGAUCUGAAGUGAUGGACAUGUCCGUAUUACUCUACUCGUAUUUCACGGCUUGCAAAGACUUGAAUGCUUCAGGAGGCGAUGUGUUACGUAUCUUUGAUAUCAUUGAAGCUGUCAAUACUGCUGUGAGGCAAUCGCUUGAACGAGACGAGUCGAGUGAGUUGGGUGUCAUCUUGACAUUGACUCAGAUCGCAUUGGAACACAUGCACGCGUCUGUUGGCUACACGUAUGCUAGUUGGUUUGAGGCAACAUUUGUAUCAAGUAGCAGUAUACUAGACAAACGAACCAGCACAGUAUUUAUCAAGAUUUUGCUUCAAAUGACGCUGUAUGAACUACCCAGCGUCCUUCAGAUACACGGAAAAGCAUUGUCCAAUUGUUCAACCAUUCCAAACUCGCAAGUGUAUGUAUCUGCUGUGCGUAAACGGCUGUUGGAGUUGGGAUUGAAUCAACAUUUGAAAAAUUACCCUACUUCGAUAAUGACUCCUUUGCGAGCAGAAAGCAUCACCGAAACACUGAACAUACCCGAUGAAGUAGAGGAAGUGCUGCAACAAUUCACACAAAAGAACAACACUGUACCAAAAACACUACUACAGGCCUCUGUGUUCCAUAGACAAUGGUUCGUUUUCACAUUUCUACCGAAACUAUUCGCUUGGCAGGGCAGACACAUGGAGACUCGCAACAAUCUCAUCAUGGCCCUCAAAAAGCUAAACAAGAUACCCGAUAGUCUGUACAAACCCUUCAUGCAACAGCAGCAGCAGAAAAUCAAGCGCAAAUAA